UUAUAGCUGAGCGCACGUUCGUAUGAACAAACAUAGUGAUAAUGAUUCAAAUAUCAUUAAAAAAAAUGUUUAUUGUUCCUAACAACAAAAAGAGAAUAUUAUUUUAUUGUGAAUAAGUGCUAAGUUUAGAUAGGUACGUGGUGUACAAACAUUGUAACAGGAAUAAAAAGAACUGGUCAAAGUGCGAUAAGUUUUGAUAGCAUUUCAAAGAUACUUUUAAAAAAUUAUACGAUAAUGGCUGCGGUACCAAAAAUUACAAGAGGUGCUAAAAGGCUUCUGUUAUCAAGAAGUUAUUCAACUCUUUCUCCUCUCUGGAAACCAGAUCAUGUUGUUACUUCGCCGUAUAAAGACGUGGUCAUCCCUGACUGGACUAUGAAUGAACAUGUUUGGAUGAACAGCGGCAAGUGGGCAAAUAAAACUGCUUUGAUAUGUGGUGUCACCAACCGCUCAUACACAUACAACCAACUCUACAAGUACUCCAGGACCUUCGCUGCCAACCUUCGUACCAAGUUGAAGGUCAGAACCGGCGAUGUCAUUUGUGUUAUGAUGCAUAACUCCCCUGAAUACGGUGUGGUAGUCCUUGGGACCUUCGAAGCUGGAGCUGAGUUGACUACUGUGAACCCUAUUUAUACUGCACACGAACUCCAAAGGCAACUGCUACUAUCGAAACCGAAAAUAGUAAUAGGCUCAACAGAAACUGCUCAUGUGAUCAAAGAAGCUUUUAAACUGACUAAGCAAGAAUUACCACUUAUAGUUGUCAAUAAUAAUAAUAAUGCGUUACCACACGGAACUAUCUCUUUCCACGAAUUGGCAGAAGAAGAAAACGUAGAUUUCAGUGUUUUAAAAAAUGCAGUCAGAACUGCAGAUGAUGUGGCUCUUCUACCCUAUUCUAGUGGAACAACUGGCUUACCUAAAGGUGUAGAAUUGACUCAUAAAAAUGUUGUAGUCAAUUGUGUUCAGCAAGAUAGUGAAGGUGGCAAAUUGUAUCAGGACACUACGGUUUCUUAUCAAGAUUCGGUAGUAGCAGUAUUACCAUUUUACCACAUAUACGGGUUAUGUAUUUUGAUGCUACACAAACUAUCAGUUGGAGCUAAAAUAGUUACAUUGCCAAGGUUUCAACCAGAAACUUUUCUGUCUUCUUUGAAAAACCAAAAAGUUAGUCUCCUUUAUGCUGCACCUCCAAUGGUCUUAUUUCUUGGCGCUCAUGCUACUACCACGAAAGAGCAUUUGCAGUCGGUGGAUAAAAUUAUGUGCGGAGCAGCGCCAUUGCCGAAAAAGGAUGUAGACAGAGUCUUGGAAAAAAUGAACCCAUCAGCAAACUUUAUACAGUUAUACGGUCUAACAGAAACAUCACCAUUAGUAUCGGCUAUGGCCGUAGGCGCCACGAACUACACUUCAGUUGGUUUUGCCAUGGCUAAUACUGAACUAAAGAUCGUCGAUUCAGAUUUAAAGCAUUUGGGACCAAACAAGGUUGGUGAACUACUAAUAAGAGGACCACAAGUGAUGAAGGGUUACAGAGACAACCAUGAAGCUACUAAGGCGUGCAUCUCAGAAGACGGUUGGUUCAGAUCUGGUGAUUUCGCGUUCUUGGACGAGAGUGGACAAGUUACCAUUGCUGAUAGACUAAAAGAAUUGAUUAAGGUUAAAGGCUACCAGGUGCCUCCAGCGGAACUGGAAAGUGUUCUCAAAGAACAUCCAGCUGUUUUAGAUGCAGGAGUCAUUGGAAUUCCUGAUGCCAGAACUGGAGAAGUUCCUAAAGCUUUCGUUGUCCUCAAAGAAGGACAUAAAGAGAACAAAGAAGAUAUAUUAGACUUUGUAAAAGAAAGAGUUGCAGAUUUCAAAAGGAUUAAGGAUAUAACGUUUAUGGAUAGCUUGCCAAAGAAUCCGUCUGGAAAACUGUUGAGAAGGGUUUUGAAAGAAAAGUAUUGUUAAGAAUUGUGUAUUUAUAGAUAAAACGACAAAUAGAGUACCUACAUGAGAAGAUAAAAAUUGCUAUUAGUAAUAAAUAAUUAUUAUUAGUUUUGACUCACACAGUUGGCUCGACCAAUAAUAGACGGCGAUACAGCUCACCACCUAUCAUGUUGGUCUAACAGAAAGCUCGGCGAGGUGUGGAUAGGUGCUUAGUUCAUCUUGCAAGGGAUGUACUUUUGACUACCUUAAUUAUGAUAUAGUCGUGUGAGUUUAUGUUAUGUUAAUAAAAUAAUUGCUGUUACUCUACAUCCAUCAGCCUAAUUCUUCUGCACUAGUUCUUGCUUCACCAGUAAGUUAGCCACUCGAUAAAAGCCUUUAUUAUUAUUUAAAUUUAUUUAUUUAUUUAUGGAUCACUUACAGCUAUGCACAUUAUCAUCAUUAUUAUUAUGCAGCCUUUAUCUGGAUGUAACAUCUAGAAACUGUCUGAAGCAAUGAUAAAAAUUAAAAAAUAACUGUCAUAAAAUGAUGCUAUCUCUAUGCUUCUCAUCGUCCAACAGAAAGCUCGGUGAGGUGUGGGUAGGCACUUAGUUCAUCUUGUGAUGUACCUUUGGCUAUUUAUCCGAUUACUCUAGGCAUAGAGGCAACCAAUCAGGUCGCGACACCAAACACUUCAGGACCCCGACACCCACUAGGGUCGAUUAAUUAUUUCAAUAUUUUUCCUCUCAGACGACGCCCUGAGCCGAGGAUCGCGCCCUACUGGGCACCCUCAGGCCUGUUGUCUUAAACGUUGUACCGGGUCUUCAGCGCUCUCCAUUUGCCCGGCCAAGUAGUUAAUACCAUCUGCGGCAACUCUGCAAUAAGUCACGUCAAAAAAAAUACCUUUGGUUACCACAACUGGGAUGUAGUCAAGAGCUUGUGUAUCGUUUUGCUGUGUUAAUUAUAAAUUUAUCAGCUAUUUGGACUUGUCGACUGGAAAUGUUCGUCGACAUUAUGUCAAUAAAUGCGUGAACCGUCACUUUUUUUUUUGGCAUGACGCGGUUUGCGUAUUUGCCACCGCCAAAACGAGGAAACAUUUCAUAAAAAUAAAAGGAAUUUAGUGAAACAGGAAUUUAGGAAGAAGGAUCAGAGGAUGGGGAUAUAUAUUAUAAGAUAGGAUUAUAAUUUUAUAUCAUUAACACAGAUAAAUAUGGAUAAGAAUUUAUAUAUAUCAAAGUUAUUAAACUACUUACUAAAGUUUUGCCAUGUUUCAACCUGUGUGAAUAGCAACUGUCAGAAGUUAUUUCAUUUAGAGAAAGAAGUGUUUUCAUUUCAAUAUAACUCCUGCGAUCAACUUGACAUCUCCGACAAGAAAAUAAAUAAAACGAAAAUAAAUUACAAGUAAUAAUGAAAUAAAUAAAUCUUAAAUUAGA